AUGGGGUCGGGGCUCGAUGCCCUGGCGCCCCAACCGUUGAACUCGCGGCGUCCUGCAGCGCCGGUGCUGCCCAGCUUCGAGCUGCCCGCCCCUAAUUUCCACGCCGGCAGCGGCGCGGUCAAGUACGCCCAGCACCUGCAGCAUAGCCAGCACAGCCAGCACGCCCAUCCCCCGCCCAUCGGCCCCAGCGUCAGCAAUCUGCUCACCCCCCCGGCCACCUCCCAGUCCGCCGACAACGUCCCCAACUCCUACCCGAGUGCCUCGGGGACGGCAGCCGCGGCGGCGGCGCGGCAGUCGUGGUCUUAUCCCAGUCGCGACGCCUUCUCCCCGCCCCAGAAUCCCCUCAACCGCAAUCCCGCGACCUCGAGCGCGGAACAUAUCCCCCAGCCGUACGAGGUGAACCACCUGCCCCCCUUCCACCAGUCGAUCCCCGUCUCGGCGCAACCGGCGUCGCAGCAGCAUCACGCCAUGGCGCAUGCCAUGAUGUCCGCCCACAACCCCCUGCCGAACCCGGCGCCCUCUCCACACUCCCUCCCCUCGAACGACCCCUACAUGGUCAAGUCUUCGUCCGCGCCCGCAUACAGCACGGUGUCGCAGCUGUCCAGCCCACCGGGCGGGUACUCGCCGUACGGACAGACGGGCCUGGGGAUACAGCCCCGGGUGGCCUCGAACCCGGUCCCCCCGCACCAUCUGAACUACAACAGUCGACAGGCGUGGCCGUCGUACUCCCUGCCGGCGAUGAACGGGCCGGUGUGGACGAACGUGCACAACCCGGGCGGGCACAUGGCGCUGACGGGGGGGAUGCACUCGGGGGUGCUGCCGGGGCUGCCCGGGUACAACAGCGGGCACGUGGCCAAUAUGCAGCACAUGCAGCAGCUGUACGGAGGGCACCCGCCGCAUGGCCACGCCCCGGGCCCGGCCAACGACCGGCCGUUCAAAUGCGACCAGUGCCCGCAGAGCUUCAACCGCAACCACGACCUGAAACGACACAAGCGCAUCCACCUGUCGGUGAAGCCGUUCCCGUGCUCCCACUGUGACAAGAGCUUUUCGCGCAAGGACGCGCUGAAGCGACAUAUUCUCGUCAAAGGGUGCGGCAAGGACGGGGACGGCAAGCCGAGCGACGGCGGGCUGAAGGAGGAGGAGGACCGCGAAUCCAGCGGCCACAGCUGA